AUGUUCUCGCAGACCAAUAACCCGAAUCCCUCCAUGUCUUUCUCAACGCUAACUCGCGACGCCUCCCCGCGUCCGCCGCCGGCCCCGCCUUCAACGCCGGUCACCCCGACUAUGCCACGACUGAGCCCGCGAUGUCCCCCAGCGCCCCUCAGGAGGAAACGCAACAGGCUGUCGUACGGCAGCAGACGGCACGCCAAGAAACGGAGGUUGGCUAAUGGGGACCCUGUGCACGAUACGGCCCCCGAAUGCCCGGCGGAGCAUCAGGACGCCGGAGAUGUGAGCAUGGAAGAUGCGUGGGACUGGGAGUCUGCCUCUGGACCGGAGGAGGAGAUGAGCCCCGGACACUCCCCAACGCCUGUGAAGAGAAAAUGCGACAGCAUGUCGUGCGGCGGCAGACAGCGCUGCAAGAAGCGGAAGUUGGCGAGUCAGGACCCCAUACGCGAUGCACGCAGGUCGACUCCCGAAUGCCCGGCGCAGCCUGGUGAUACUGGAGACGUGCUCGUGGCAGAUACUUCGGACUGGGAGUCUGCCUCUACGGAAGAGCAGAAGAGGACGAUUGGCGACAGACUCGCCGCCUUCAUGGACUCCAUAUCACUGCGAUCGUGCCUCACUCCGAUGGACACGGCGGAGGACUAUGACGCAGCAGCAUCCCCGUCGCAACACGCCCAACAGCGCCAUCGCCAGAAACAGCGCCACCGCCAGAACGCUCACAUCUCCUCCUUCUUGAGGAGAAGAGCAUCGCGCAGGCACUCUUCCGAUGCAUCGCUCGACAGGGUCUGGCGCUGGCUUGCCGACCAGGCAAUGGAGGCGACGACAGCAACUCAACGGACCCCAUCCCCGUUUUAG